GAAGUAUGUGUCAAUUUAUAACUUAUGUCAAUCAAGAUCUUUAAUCUUUCUUAAUUUAGGAAAUGUGCUUGUUGUUGGAAAGUCAUGAGAUAGCAGCAAAUAGCCCAAAGACAUUUUGUAUUUUGCUGCCAUCUGAUGCUUGUGGAAUGUUACUCAAAUGUGUUGCAAAUAUUGAUGUAGUCUUGCCUUUGUCUAACAGUCUUUGCAUUCAAAAACAGUCUGAAACAAUUCAAACACAAAUCGAUGCGUUACUUAUUGAGCUGCCAAGAACGUCUUCACUGAACCCUUUGGCACUCAAAUCUGGUAUAUCUGACAAAUUGCUGGAGGCAUUCAAGCCUAGUGAGACAAAGAAAAACCCAAAGGCUGUCAAAAGACAGAUUUGUGAUUCUGACUACAGACCAAACACUAAAGAGCUUGCUCGAUCUGGAAGAUCUGAAAACGUAAAGAGUUUGUCUCAGAAAAAAGCAAAAUGUCCUUACAGACCUGCAUUUACUAAAGGAAGUAUCAUGGAGCGAGGACUGCGCGAAUUUCCCGAUGACUUUAGAGCCAACAAUGAAUAUAAUUGA